CAACAACGACACGAUGAUGAUACAGUACCGCUGCUGCCACAGGAAGCGGCGACAUGUAUCUCGCGCCCAGCUUAAGAGCCCCUUCCUUCCCUUUCAAGAGUUCUUUAGUUUUAAUCUCGUCUUGAGUUAUCACUGACUGAAACCAGCCAAAGUAGUAUCCAUACAGCAAUCAGUUAGUUUUACUUUCUGGUAGAAGAGCAGGAUGAAUCGAUGGAUUGUGGUUCUGGUGGGAGUAUCGACUUGGCUCCAUUGCUUAUUGUGGCGUGCCAAUGGUUUUACAUGCAUAUCCAGAUCAUUGGGCAAGGCGGACUCUGCAAAAAGAAGAACAGCCUCUGCCCUGGAGGCCUCGCGAGUGGAGAACACCAAAAAGGACGCCAAAGUGGGAGAUCUCUUGAGCUACCUUCCAACACCCAGUUUCAUUGUGGAACUUUCCUUGAUGGAAAAAUGGAUCCAGGAACAACGGCUCGAUUGUACUACCAUGGACGAAUUCUUCCAGGAUCCCAGUAGUAGCAUUCUGCAACAAACAACAACAAACCAAGACUUGGCCGACUCUGGCGCCUUUUUCGUUCACACCACCGUCACUUGCACGGACAAGAGAGAUGCCGUGGUACAACAAGAAGGAAGUGGAAAGUCCCUGUCGGUUUGCAAUGUAGAUACUUCCGUGGAAUCGGUCUCUCCUAAAGGAGCCUACUUGGGCCUGGGACUCGCCAAUCAUCACGUGGGGGGAUAUUACUGGGCGCGAAGCAUGGGCAUUGGCGCCUCGUUGCCGGCCCAUGGAAUCUAUUUUGGUCCUCCAUCAGCCAACGACGACAACCCCCUGCACGGUGAGUUGACGUGGAAAAAGAGAGGACCCGGAGAUCCCGCGGAAACCACCGAAGAAUCCUCCAACUCCAAUGAUGGAAAGAGGAGCGAAUGGGCCGAUUUUCUCAAAGUGGGAGAUACCGUCCAACUGGUCCCCUUCGAUCCCUUAUCCAUUCUGAUGGAAGCGUCUACGAGCUGUAGUUUUAAUGUCCUUUUGGGAUUGAGGCGGGCCGGAAGACCUCUGGGUGCGGAUCCCAUUGUGGAAAAGAUGUGGACGCGGUCCAGUGACGGCAAGGGUUGGACGGUGGUGGAAGCGAAAUAAAGAAUAAAUGGUCGAUCGAGGAAACCCGGACAAGCGGGGGCUUGCUUGACUACACAGCAAUACUUCCAGUUGUGCCUUUGCAUGUACAUGCAAUUGAGGCCCCUUUGGCUGGCUGAACUGGACUACGGCUACCAGCACCAGUAUUAUUAUUGAACGCCAACAACGAACCCACGCACAACACAGCAAGCUACAACUGUGGGCUUAAUCGCUGAGACGAAUCUCCUCAAGUACCUGAGUUCUACACCACUUUGGCUAGGAGCUUCAACAAGUUUAAUUAUUAAAAUGGAACCUCCUUUUAAAAUCUUGAAAGCUUUCAAAUCCACCCUUGGUACCAUUGCUGGCGUGCCAUUUGCCAUGAAAGGCGGUACUAGUAUCGUUCUUUUCUUGGGUCUCCUUGAUGGUGGUUUCUUGGCCUGCUACGAUUCUGUCGAGUCGUCGGGCCGUACCCGAAACCAGAACCAUUGGGGUCAACGAUUCAUUGGAUCGAUCUGGCUCUUGGAUCCAGUACAUCGCACCAGUAUAGGGCGAUAGUCUGCCUUCCACUAUUUGGAAUGAUCCAUCUUUGUCGCUGCCACUGCCUUGGAUUCUGUAGUAGACUACCGGCGAUCGCGACGCUUUUUCAUGGGAAGCUUGAAAGUGGAGGACUCCUCGCACUUCUUCUGUAUUGUCAGCAUUGUUUUCCUGGUCUCCAGGCACCACGUACGAGUAUUCGACCGAGAAUUGCUUCUCGAGUGUGGUCGCGGAAAAGACCGAGCUCCAAAGCGUCCGAUUCUGUCCUCCUGUGGCUUUGCUCGCCUUGGCCACGGCUUCAUGGAAACGUUCUUCGUGGACAAAACCGAGUGCUUGGAUAACACAAGAGAUGGCUGAUGUUGUCGUCAUUUUUCUUUUUGUUCAGCUUUAGUUAUCGUGGUUGGUUUCUUUUAUGGGCACUUGCUACCGAUACCUGGCUGAUUGAAUGAUUCCAGCCGCGCUUCAACAAAUGAUUACCUUGCGAAAACACGGGUGGAACUCGAUGGUUUUUCUCACGUGCUUUGGAUUGUUUCACUCCCGUUCCAGAGAUCUUUGCAAGAGGCCCAGGAAGAUCGUGUUAAAAUGGUAGCUUGGGUAAACACAGGUAUAAAACAAUUAGAUUAAAAC